AUGUCUUUGACAACAAUCGACUUGGCCGUAGUAUCAAGGGGAAAGCCGAUCAAGGACCUCCCCAAGCGGCUGCAGAUUGCCUCCAAUGGUUCCACAAACGAAUUGUAUCGCUCAGUGGCAGCAACCUUAAGUCUGUCCAUCAAUCGUCUGAGAAUAACCCACGGCCGUGACCGGAUCGCAGUUCCCAACUCCACAGAAACGACCAUCGCUGAGAUCGGACUCGAGGACCAGGACAUGAUUCAUGUCAAAGACCUAGGCCCCCAAAUAUCAUGGCGCACCGUAUACAUCGCCGAAUACCUGGGCCCAGCGCUGAUUCCAGUGUUGUUUCUCUUCCCGCUGCGUCCUUACCUAUACAAUGCAAAUCUCGACACGAUCCCCGCGCCAACAAAACGCCAACAACUCCUUUGUGCUCUCUUGACCAUCCACUUCGUCAAGCGGGAAUAUGAGUCCAUGUUCAUCCAUCGAUUCAGCAACGCCACAAUGCCGGCGCGCAACAUCGUCAAGAACUCCAGCUACUACUGGAUCAUGGUAUCCAGCAUGGCCUACCACGCUUUUCGGCCUGGUCCCGCAGCGGUGACAACUCUGUCAGAAACCGCAAUGCUAUGUAUCGGCGUGGCUCUGUUUAUAUUCGGAGAACUGGCGAACUUGAACGCCCACUUUGUGCUGCGGAAUCUGCGUCGCCCUGGCUCUUCUGAGCGUGGCAUCCCGCGUGGCCUGGGGUUCGGUAUGGUGACCUGUCCGCAUUAUCUGUUUGAGGUUGUAUCUUGGGUUGGCAUUUACCUUGUUGGUGGGAUGAGAAGCUGGAGUAUCUUGGCUUUUAUUGUCGUUGGGAGUGUGCAGAUGGCGCUCUGGUCGAAGAAGAGGGAGAGGCGAUAUCGCUUGGAGUUUGGGGGGCGGUAUAAACCGAAGAGGUUUGUGAUGAUUCCUGGUGUUGUAUAA